AUGUCGGGCGCAAGGCAUUGGGAACAGGACAAAGAGGCCACAGUCUACAUCGGCAAUCUCGAUGAGCGCGUCAGUGACAGCCUCGUGUGGGAGCUGAUGCUCCAGGCCGGCCGCAUCGUCAACGUGCAUCUGCCCAAGGACCGCGUCACGCAGGCUCACCAGGGCUAUGGGUUUGUCGAGUUCAUCAGCGAGGAAGACGCCGAGUAUGCCGCGCGAAUCAUGAACCAGGUGCGCCUGUACGGCAAGCCCAUUCGCGUCAACAAGGCUUCCGCAGAUAAACAAAAGACCAUGGAAGUCGGCGCCGAGCUGUUUGUCGGUAAUUUGGAUCCGAUGGUUUCGGAGCAGGUGCUCUAUGAUACCUUUAGUCGGUUCGGAGCGCUGCUAUCUCUCCCAAAGGUUGCCAGAGACGACGCGAAUCUGUCCAAGGGCUACGGUUUUGUCUCGUUUGCAGACUUUGAAUCCUCCGACGGCGCAAUCGCUAGCAUGCACGGCCAAUAUCUUAUGAACAAGGAGAUCUCUGUCCAGUACGCCUAUAAAAAGGAUGGAAAGGGCGAGCGACACGGCGACGAAGCCGAGCGAAUGCUGGCUUCGCAGGCCCGCAAGCACAAUGUCCAGCCACAAGGCCAGCCACUUCCACCACAGCUCGUGGGCCCAGGCACGCCAAUGAUGGCUGGCGGUAUGCCCAACGGAGAUGUACCGCGUCUUAUGCCGCCUUCUGCUGCUGCUCCUCCUCCCGACUAUGGGGCUGGCAGAGGUGCCAUGCCUUUACAAAUGCUCCCUCAACAACCACGCCCUGGACCUCCUCCACCAACACAGCCCAUGGCGGCUCCAUUGGCUGCUCCUCCACCUGGCCUGCCAGCGCGACCUCCUCCAUCUCAAGCGGGAUACGGCGGUCCACCACCACCACAAGGCUUUGCGCCGCCGCCGCCUGGUUUCAACAACGCCGCCCAGCCGCCGACGAAUUACCCACCAGUUGCUCCUGCGCCUCCUGGGUUUGCGCCACCGCCUGGUUUCGGAGGCGCACAGGGAGCUCCUCCACCGCUUCCUCCAGGCUUUCAACCACCGGGAUAUGGGAGGGGUCGAUGA